CGGCUCUCUUCCUGCGCAGUUCUUCUCAGCCUCCGCGGGGAAGCGCCGGGGCUGCGCUCAGGGCUCAGUUCUCUGGACCGCGAGGAGGCAGCCCCGGCGAGCGGCCGUGCGGUGCGCACCGUGUGGAGGGACCAGGGCGCGGGGGUGCGGUGCUCUGCUGGCCCCGAGCGCGGCGUCGCGCCACAGGAGCAGCCCCCGGCCAGCAGUUGCCGCCGCCCGACUUUCGUUCCAGUUGCGGCUCCUCAGGGCAACAUGUCAAAAACCGCCGCCGCUACAGCUGCCGCCGCCACCUGGGGAAGAGCAGCCGCAGAAGCAGCAGCAGCGGCGGCCGCCGGCGCGCGGGGGCAAUAAGCCCAACCACCCGGCGUCCAGGGAACCCUCUCUGCGCUCACUGCUCCGGCGGGACCCGCGCCAUGUGCUGAGCCAUGCCCCUCGCCGCGCCCGCGGGCAGCGCAUGGGGCAGCGCCUGAGCGGCGGCCGAUCCUGCCUCGAUGCCCCCGGCCGGCUCCUGCAGCAGCAGCCGCCGCCGCCGCCCCCGCCGCCGGUGAGGAGGAAGCUCGCGCUGCUCUUCGCCAUGCUCUGCAUCUGGCUCUACAUGUUCCUGUACUCGUGCGCCGGCUCGUGCGCCGCCGCGCCGGGGCUGCUGCUGCUGGGCUCGGGGUCCCGCGCCGCCCACGCCCCGCCGGCCCUGGCCGCGGGCUCCGUCGGGCCUCCCCUGAGGCAGCGGUUCCCGGCGGCGCCAGCCACCCCGCUGGCUGCUGGCGGGGAGACGGCCGAGGGCGCCGCGAGCCAAGAGGAGCAGAGUCCUGAGGCGCCGGACUCCCCCAGCUCCAUCUCCACCUUCUUCAGCGGGUCCGGGAGCAAGCAGCUGCCGCAGGCCAUCAUCAUCGGCGUGAAGAAGGGCGGCACGCGGGCGCUGCUCGAGUUCCUGCGCGUGCACCCCGACGUGCGCGCCGUGGGCGCCGAGCCCCACUUCUUCGACCGCAGCUACGACAAGGGCCUCGCCUGGUACCGGGACCUGAUGCCGCGGACCCUGGACGGACAGAUCACCAUGGAGAAGACGCCCAGCUACUUCGUGACGCGCGAGGCGCCCGCGCGCAUCUCGGCCAUGUCCAAGGCCACCAAGCUCAUCGUGGUGGUGCGGGACCCGGUGACCAGGGCCGUCUCGGACUACACGCAGACGCUCUCCAAGCGGCCCGACAUCCCCACCUUCGAGAGCCUGACCUUCCGGAACCGGAGCGCCGGCCUCAUCGACACGUCGUGGAGCGCCAUCCAGAUCGGCCUCUACGCCAAGCACCUGGAGCACUGGCUGCGCCACUUCCCGCUGCGCCAGAUGCUCUUCGUCAGCGGCGAGCGCCUCAUCCGCGACCCGGCCGGCGAGCUGGGCCGCGUGCAGGACUUCCUGGGCCUCAAGCGCAUCAUCAGCGACAAGCACUUCUACUUCAACCAGACCAAGGGCUUCCCCUGCCUCAAGAAGGCCGAGGGCAGCGGCCGCCCGCACUGCCUGGGCAAGACCAAGGGCAGGCCGCACCCCGAGAUCGAGCGCGAGGUGCUGCGGCGGCUGCGCGACUUCUACCGGCCCUUCAACCGCAAGUUCUACCAGAUGACCGGCCAGGACUUCGGCUGGGACUGACCGACGCCCCCGCCCGGGCGGUGGGACUUCGCCCAGGGCUUAUUAAAUAUGGAGAGAGAUUAUAUGUAUGUAAAAUGUACAGAAAUCUAUUUUAUAAUAAUUUAUUUUUAAUUCAUAAGCAAUUAAUUCACUAAGAUGCCUAGGCACGCUCUUUAGAGAGUUAGCUUCAUAAUCUGUUAACAUUCCAAAGUGUUUAACUCUGACUUUUUCUUCUUUGCCUCACAAUUGAUGGUGCUUCCAUUUCCCCUUCCCCUUGGUACCCAUUGUAUUUAAAAAGAAGAAAAGCACAACUUGAGAUUUUUGUCGUUACGGGUAUGCAGCCUUUGCGCGCUGGGCGAAUUCACUUGCCAUCUCUGUGUCUUGGGUCCCUGCUCCCCUCCUGCCUGGGCACCUGCUGGGAGCCCGGCACUGCCAGGCCUCACGGAGCAGCUUCCUCGCAGAUGUGAUGGCACGUCCAAGGGCACUAGGUUUUCCCCCAAGUCUGCUCAGCAUGCUGGGGGCGGAUUUGGGGGACCCCUACCUUUGCAGGAUCCCCUGCAUCCUGUCAGGGUCUGCAUGUCAGGCCCGUGUGCUUUAGCUUUCACCUUUGAAGGACGGCUCUCAUCCUCUCGCUUCUGUCCCAGUCCUUGGUUCAUGAACCUGCUUGAAGUGGAUGCAGAUGUCCGCCGCCCCCUCUCUCCCAGGUCAAGUGUGUGAUGCUUGGUGCUGCUUUCGAAAUAAAGACGGUGUCUUCUAAUUUGCAUGCGACUGCACCCUGCUCCGUCCUCCAGGCAGACAGUCCUGCUUUGACACACCAAAGAAUCCCCUAGGCCCGCAGACCCACUGGCACAAACCAGGGAUGCUGGGUGUUGGGUCCCGAAGGGGCCAGGCGCACCCCACGCCCUCUGAGUGUUCCAAGGUGCCUGUAGGUGCAGAGCCAGCCCCUGGUGGAUGUCUGGGUCUUCUCUGUUUGGAAUUCCUAGCUCGUCUCAGACAACACGGUCAAACCACCAGAACCAGGAGAGGCUCUUGUAAAAAGAGGCAGGACACUGGCCUCACUUUGCCCGGAAGCACUCCAGCCUGAACUGGGUGCUGCUGCCCCUUCUUUUAGCCAGGCCCUGGCAGAAGGGCAGCCAGCACUGUCGCUGCUGAUCCGGAAUGCUCUCCCCUACCUGUCCUUGGAGAGCACGCUGGCGGGGGGCCAUUUAUGAUGACCGGCUAAGGGCAGUUGGGCAACCAAAUACAUAUCCCGUGAUGUCAUCUUCACUUUAUCCUCAGCUUUCUAAACCAGGAUGCUUCUCCUACAAAAGAGUUGUCAUUUGCAUUAUACGUUGCUUAAGGAAUCUAUGGGGUGAUGUUGUUGAAACGGCUGGGUUGUGAUAUUUACAAAGGACACUUGUGUACCUUCUGUGGGCUAACUUUCUCUGUAGAGUAAUGAAACACUGGCCUUUAAGUGAUAUCUUGUUGAUCAUCUGGUUCGUAUUGGCCCCCAAGUUGCAGCCCAGAUGUAGCUGGUGCCUGCUUAGGAGCAAAAUGACCAUCGUGUAGGUUUUAUGUAGGGGGAUGGCCAUGGGGGCUCCGUGCGUUUCUGAGAGGUUAUAGUCACUUCAUAGCUUUGUUUCCCCCUCUACCAAGUUGAGUAGGACCUACCCUUAGGGAAAUGCCAUAAUCCCAGCAUGGCUCUCCCCGCUUGUUGGAAGAGACUUGGGCAUCAAAGGCAUCUUCCUAAGGGUGCUAACUCAUCAUGCACUUUUCCAAUCAGAAGACUCAUUGGCAAUAAAACUGAGGACACCCCAGCAUAACAUUGCUUACAGGCAAAGCCAGUCCACGUCUUCCCCCCGAUCCUGCCCUGUCUGGUCCUGGCCACUCUUGGUCUCCGACGUGGUCCAGGAUGUCGAAUCACAGAACAGGUCAGAGUGGCGCACAUGAACUUCUCCUUCCCCAGCGGGUCCCUGCUGUCUUUCCAAGCUGGACCAUUUUUUGAUUCAGUUGUUUAUUCCCUGCCUUAAAACUAAAACAGGAAGUUUUCAGAUAGGAGGGUCGCUGAGUCACAAACCCUGAAGCAAGUCAAGAUUCUAUUCUGGGUCAAAUCCUUGAAUCCAAACAGAUGUCAAUAAUUAGCACGAAGGACGAGAGCACGGUUUUCUGUGGAAGACAAAUAAAUCAGACAUCCUGUGCAUCUCUUCCAAGAGGUCUGAUGGCUUACAGUUCCCGACUGAUCCCCACGCAGCAUCAGCCCCAAGGUUACAGCCGGUCACCUGACAGUCAUUACAGCUCUGGAGCCCGCCUGGCUUCCUCUUGGAGAAGGCAGGCAGUCCAGAAAGUGAGGCCUUGACUCUCUUCCCGUUCUAGCCAUCUGCAAGGCCACAGCUUAAGUUUUUAGCUGCUAGAAGACAAACACCAUUUCACCUUCUGGCCCUGUGUCCUAACACAUGCUCUGGGUUUCUUCCAGUUUACAGGAAAAGCUCUGCUAUUCACGGGGGCACUUUAUUCCACUCAGUUUUGUUUUUCUUGCUAAAAACAAACAGAAAGGUUAACACACACACAAACGGGAGGUUUUUAUUGUUCCUAUCCAGCCCACAGCGUCCUUGAGGUGUGUGUACGGUGGUCUGUUAACUUGGUAGGUGGUACCAGAAAAGCUAUUUGGAUGCACUGACGGCAUCACACACACGUCGCGAUUGAAAGACGGAGGAGAGAUUGUUUUCUUCAUGGGAUCCUCCCAGGAACUCAUUCUGAGUGACAGGUACAUUAUAGACCUUUGGAGAAACACACUUCAGAUCCUGCCUGGAUAUUUGCUUAAGACAGGACAAUGAAAGUUUCCGCUAAGCUAGAAACACUUAGCAUCUAAGAUGCUGACAUGGAAGACGAUGCCCUUUUUCUUUGCAGUGGAUCGAGAAAGAUGCUCAAUAAAACUCCAAGGUGUGGUUAGAAUUUUUUUUUUCUUCACUUCUGUAACAUUAAUUUAUGACUGAGUUUCGUUCACCAGUAAUCUGGAACACUGUGCAAAUUCUAGCAGUGUGCCCUCUAUACCCUGGAUGUUAGAAUAGCCAAUAUGUACAAAAAAAAAAAAUAAAUAAAUCAAGUAUUUUGUCCUAUGUAUAACACAAAUUAAUUUUACACAGAGAAAGAUGUUUCUAGGAAAAUGAAAUUCUGGGAAUUCAUACUAUUUCUUUGUAUGAACAAAUAAAAUCUAUUUUUACCAAC